UGUGUUUGAGGAUAUAAUGACAACAAACUGCUAAACACCAGCAGAAACUCCAUUAAACUGCCCGGACGUUCCUUUAAAAAUCACAUUAAAAUACUCAUUUCCGUCCGCGUGCUGUCAGUUGUUUGUGCCGCCUUCACUGACCGUAGUGAGUCCCAGUCUCUGUGAUCCCCACCUCCCUGUCAGCCAUCUACCAAAAAGGCUUCAACAUGCUCCGAGAGACCUGCAAGGUGUGGAGCAACGGCUCAGAGGCCUACAGCAGUGACCCUGAGGAGGAGGAGGAGGAGGAGGAGGAGGAGGAGGACAUGGUGUUUGGGGACAAUGAUCACAAUGGCGCAGUGGAGGAGAUGAUGGACCUGAGUGACCUCCCCACAUCGCUCUUUGCCUGCAGUGUCCAUGAAACUGUGUUCAAUGAGGAAGUGCACAGGGAGAGGUUUGAGGCGCUGUUUAGAAGCUACGAUGAACAGACGACGUUCCAGAUGUUCAAAAGCUUCCGGAGAGUCCGGAUCAACUUCAGCACCCCAGAGGCCGCUGCCCGCGCUCGCAUCGAGCUGCACGAGUCCGAGUUCAAUGGCAAGAAGCUGAAGCUCUACUUUGCCCAAGUCCAGAAUGGCGACGAGGACAUCGACAAGUCGUACCUGGCCCCUCCUCAGCCCGUCAAACAGUUCCUCAUCUCGCCACCCGCCUCGCCACCGGUGGGCUGGAGCCAGAGCGAUGACGCUACACCUGUCAUCAACUACGACCUGUUGUGUGCAGUAGCCAAGUUAGGGCCUGGUGAGAAGUAUGAGCUCCACGCGGGGACAGAGUCCACCCCCAGCGUGGUCGUCCACGUGUGCGAGAGCGAGACGGAGGAGGACGAGGGGGCGCGGGCCAAGCAGCAGAUCGUCCAGACCAGACGUCCCGACGGACCCCCCAAAGUCUUCAACUAGAGAGACCUCCUCCCCAGCAGCCCGGGGGGGCGCGGCCCGUGACCGCCCCCUUAUAUCCGCAACACACCCGCCCUCUCUCUCUUGUCUCUGCACUCACAGAGAGCGUCGACGCCCCUCAUUUCAGUUCAACUACAAGAUUUAAAAACAAGCCAACAAACAUUGCUCAAAGACGGUGUUUGUGGGGAGUGUGGCCAUGGAAUGAGGCGGCUUGAAGGGGAUGGAUGAGAAUCACAUACACACUCAUCACAUUCUGCGGACAGCGUGGCGAGAGGCGGGGCACGCUUGCCUCCACCCCACCAAAACCCCUCCCACCCCCCCUCCCCUCCUCGUUUUCAGCAGGAGGGGAGGACUUACCUGUCCCAGUGUCCCAAUGUUGACAUCUCGUCUCACACACGCACUCAGCUCUCAUUGCUGCUCGUUAACUCUCCCUUUUCGACGUUUUUUAUUUUUUAUUUUAUUUAACCGUGUUCUCAUAUAUAUAUAUAUAUAUAUAUAUAUAUACAGUAUAUAUAUGUGUGUGUACUGUACGCAUGUAUACAUACGUGUGUACACGUCUGCCUGUUUGUGUCUUUCUCAUGGUUUCCUCAUCACGUCUGUUUAUCGUGGCUUCAGCUUCCAUCAGGAUCGAGUGACGUGUGAUCUUCCCUCUCGUCUGCAUGUAUAUAAGAAUAUAUUAUGGAGGAAAAAAAAUAAAAAUAAACACACACACACACAAAAACGCAACUACUAACAAGAUGUAUCAACGAAAAAGAAACCUAUUUAACAAUCACACACAGCACGAAGCGCCAUAAUGUGACUAACAGAGUUGUGGUGGUUGUUGACUUUACGUCGAUUUUUUUGUUUCCUUCUUUUUCUCGCUUUUUAUUUUGGAGAGUUGUCGUUUUUGGCUGAAAUAUUUCGAUGUUUAUUCUUACUUACUUGUAUUUGAUACCCAACACUUUUUUGCAUGCUUAGUUAUUUCUGUAGAUGGAGGAGCUGAGGUGUGUGUUUUUUUUUUGUUUGUUUGUUUUUUAUUGUUGUUGUUGCUUAUGACGACAAGGAAACGGUGUGUGUGACGCUUCUGACGCAAGUGCAUACCCCGGUCCAUACCCCCCGCGUCUUUGGGUGGAAAAGCUUAAUGGGUUUCUUUCUUUCUUUUCUUUUUUUUUUAUGAUUGACAGUUGAGUGUUUGGCUUGACAGCGAAUUUGCAUUUCUCGCUUUUCCGGCUUUUGGGGGAGUUUGAAGGAUCAUAGACAGUUUAUUCCCCUUGUUCUUUUUUUUCCCCAGGAGAUUUUCUUGUUUGUUGUAAUUCACAUCUUUUAAAUAUUUUUGUUAUUGUUAUUCUGCUCGAUCGAACCCACUUUCUAUGUGUCAGGUUUUCUUUUCUGAAACCUACUUGCUUGUUUUGCACUGAGAAUCUCUCGAUGUCUCCAAGCAUUUCCGGGGGCUCCCCGCGUCUCCUGCUGCGCGCCGCGUUACUGCGUUACUGCGUUACUGCGCUGCUUCUCUUUGUAAAUACCCGAGCGUAGUACGGAUUUGUGGAAACAGUCCUUUUUAGAUUUUGUAGUUUGACGCGGAAGCAUUUUUGCUGAGAAAAAAGGGAAAUUUUAGGAAGCCUCAUGAGAUAUCAACCAAAGCAUCCGUUCGCCUCACACUGUCAUACGACUCAAAGACGCUCGUGUAUUUUUGUUAACAUGAGAGAGAAUCGUUUAUUUUCCCAACACAACUGCUGUUGCAUUUUUCAUUUUAUAUUAAAAUAAUAUUUUUUCUGCAGCAUGUGGUUCAAUAAAACCCGUCUUUCUUUUCUUUUCUUUUUUUUUUAAUUUUUCCACUUCUAUGUCAGAUUAAAGUGCUUCAACUUCUCAUUUAUUGAAAUCAUUCAUUGCUUUCGAAGCAACAGGAGCAAAUGUUGUUUUUUUUUAGCAGGGAUCGACGACAAGUGUAGGAAACGAUCUUUAGAAUGAAAUCGACAUUAGCAGUAAACAAAAGUCCAUCUGCAUGUCAGCACUUUAUCGUCAGUGUUUUGUUUCCU